AUGCAAACAAUUGUGAUCAUGAAGUAUGUGUGCGGUAAACAGCUCCUCUCCUCCUCCUUUGCCGGCCACCCCCCCUCAUCUCACCGCCCGUCAUGUCCCUUCCCUAACCAGAUCCUCUUCUCGCCUCUGCCAUCUCCUUUUCCGACACCGCCUCCUCCACUGCCAGCUCCUCUCCGCCCUCUCUCCACCGCUGCUACCUCCUUUCUGCCACCGCGCCGCCUCCGCCUUCUCCUCACCACCUGCCCACCUCCUCCUCAGCCACCUCCCACUGGUCCGGUGCUCAGGAUAGCUCUAACGGAGAGAUGGAGUAGGGUGGAUCGGCUCCCUCUGGCAAUAAGUCGCCAGCUUCCUGGGUGGCAUUUCACUGGCGAAUGA